CAAUUAGUUAUUAAACAUAUCAGACAUGAUGUUGAACCUCUUCUGUUCUGAAAGGUUGUAAGUGUCUCUGCAGUGGAUAGAAAGCCGGAGACAGACUGUAAGUUUAGGAAAGAAAAAGAAGAGGAAACCUACAGGAGGGUUUUUUUGUGUGCACCCAGUUAAAACUCUCUGCCACACAUGACGAACGGGCUUGUUUGCAAAGACUCGUGUUGCAGUGAGGAUCUCUCUGCUCUGUGAAAGGAUCCACUGAUGAAGAGUCGUGCAGGGAGGCGGUGCAGCUGCAGCCUCCUCCUCCUCCUCAGGCCUCAGAUGGGUGCUGCUUGUGCUCAGCUCUUGUUGGCUGCCACCCUGUGGAUGAUGCCUCACAUGGGGACUUCUGCUGCUGCUGCUGCUGCUGCAGCUGCUGCCGUGCCGUCAAGCUCCACAGAGCCGCUCAACAUGAGCCGAGCUGGAGCUGAGACACGCUCAGACUUCAGGUUGCUCACUGGAGCCGUAGCAGGACGUAAACGAGCCAUUUCAUCCAGAGAGAUCAACGCUCUGCUGGAUUACCACAACAGAGUCCGCUCUCAGGUCUUCCCCCCUGCAGCUGAUAUGGAGUUCAUGCUCUGGGAUGAGGUGCUCGCUAAGUCCGCUGACUCUUGGGCUUCACGAUGCGUUUGGGAUCACGGUCCGACGCAAGCCAUGAGAUACAUGGGUCAAAACCUGUCAAUCACUUCAGGAAGCUACCAGUCCAUCACUGAUCUGCUCCGGUCCUGGUACGAGGAGAGGCAUCACUUCUCCUACCCGAACAGAUGCAGUGGAUCAGUGUGCUCUCACUACACGCAGAUGGUGUGGGCGAGCACUAACAGAGUGGGAUGUGCUGUCAGGAAGUGCUCCAACAUGUACGUGUUUGGGAGCACGUGGAAGGAGGCGACGCUGCUGGUCUGCAACUACUCCAUAAAGGGAAACUGGGUGGGGGAGGUUCCCUAUAAGAGGGGGAAGCCUUGUUCUGUCUGUCCGUCCAGCUACGGCGGCUCCUGCUGGAGAAACCAGUGCUCAUCAAAACCCAAAAGACUUACCACAUAUUAACACAACGCAGUGUUUUCAAAUGUGUUUUAAUGGAUAACAAUGUCACAAUCCAUGUAAAGUUUUAGGCAACACCAGGGCUGCACAACACAAUGAUGUCCAGUUACCACUAUGUUCAAUGUAAAUCUUUAUUAAUGUUUGUCACUAACAGAAUCAUUUUAUUUCAUUGGGUUGAAUAGUUGCCUUUUUUUUAUACUUCUUAAGGACAUCCACGCAGAGUUCUUGCACUGUUUUUGAUUAAUUUGAGUGACUUUUCAGAGUCAUUGACCAGAAAUGAAGCACUUUUGUUGUACAGAUUAUAUUAACUAUAAACUUGGAUGUGUCAUUGAUUGUCUUUCUAAUCUGAUUGAAUAUUUUUCUUUGUUUAGUGUCAAGUCAUUUGCCUAACUGAACAGUAAUUACGUUAUAAAUAACUGAAGCUGCUGUUUUGUAUAUCCCUAUAAAUAAUCUUCUGU